GAUGGAGAGGCUGCAGCGCGAAAACGGAGAGGCUGAAACGGUGGACACGGGAAGGUCGACCACGGUACCCGGUGGGAACCGCUUAGGAGUUCUCAUUUCCAACUCGGGUCUGGCUUCUGCGGAGCAACGUUUCAACAACAAGAAUGCAGGACUGAGAACCUUGCGGAUAACGGUCCUGCCUGCAAAGACCGGCGGCAUGCUACCCGCCGAGUGCCCGUACGAGGGCGAGAUGCACAAAGAGUUGACGCGAAUACUCGGGUUUGAUUCGGAGAAGGAGGCGAACCGUGUGACAAUGCCACCGGAAGGCAACGCGAUGGACCUGGAGGGCAAUCGAACGCUUGUGACCUACGAAGUGAAGGAGGCACCACUCAAGGCCGCUCCACCGCAAGCUCCGCAACAGCCGGACGAAUGCGCCGGACUAGCACAACGUAUGUGUAACCAAGAGCAACCUACAAAGCCGAAACCACCACCGCACAUCGAUGAAAUUUUUCGCGGGCCCAACGCAGCAGAAACGCUUGCACGCGAGCUAGUCCAGGAAACCGGACUGACUGCAGGAAGCGAGCUCAGGGAGUUGGCAUCCGGUGUCGUAAAUGCGGCAGCAAAUGCGGCUGGGACCCUGAAAGGCACGGCUAAAACACAGGUGGGUGCUGUCAAGGACGCAGUUACAGACCGGUCACCAUUCAUGCACAGAUUACAGCAAUACCUGAAGACGAGCACGAAGGGGGGAUCUGCUGCGAAAGCAACAUAUCGCGCUGCAGAUGGGAGCCUUGUGCGCAUUUCUGGCGAUGACGUUGAACUGUUUGACGCGGACGCUGCACCCGACGCAAACCACCUGGACCCGGAUUGUUUUCAGCAUGUUCGCACUUUCGUGAACAAACGUCACUACGAGUCGCGCGCCUGGGUAGAACUGCGCGUUCCCUGGCGGGAAUCUUUUCAGGAUCGAAGCGGGAAACUGCUGAAGACGGGCGACGAAGUAGAGUUUGUGAAUCCUCGCACCGGAGCCGUGGAGCCAACGCUCUUCGGUAAAAUAGCUAGUGGCCCUGUGUCAGCCGAGGAGUACUCCUCCAGCCGUGCCGGCGGCGCUCGAAAUUUAGAGGUAAAAGAGGCAGACGGGGAUCAGUCGAGUGCCGAGGCCACGGCCGAGGAAAACAAAAACCAGGCGGAAGCGAGACUCGGGCUGAGCAAGCUUCCGGUUUCCGCAACAGGAGCUUCCGCGGAGGCCCGAGAUGCACGCAGCGUCCAAUUCGAGAACUAUGUCCGCGUGUGGCUUGAUGAGUACAAGCCCAAUAGAAACCUUCCAGGAGGGGCUGAAAAGGUUCGGCAUCCAGAACCAGUGAUUGUUCCAAUGAGCUGGAUCGCGCGCCGUCAUUCAGAGUCUGUGAGAGAGCAUGACGUUGCGCGCAUCGACCUGACUGCUAUGCUGCAGGGGCCUAAAAAAUCAGAUGCAAGUGAUGUCGCGCACGAGGCGGCUGGAGCCUUUCGCGAGAGGGGUGCUCAGGCUGUCGAAGUGGAGGAUAUAAUGUCCUCCUUCGUUGAUUCCCAUGGUGCUGGUGAGGACAUCAUCGAGAAGAUUCCUAAUGCACCGGCCACUGAUACUGAGGCUGAGGGUGGAACACUCGGAAAGGACAACGAGGAGGUUCGGACAGCAGAGAACUCGCAGGACCGAGGCACGGAGGCACUUCAGGGUCAGUACGUUGAGGUUCUGGACAGUUAUGGUUCGGUGGAUAACCCAAUGGUUCACGUUCGGUUGUUAAAGCCUUUGAGGCUGAAAAGCCGUGGUGACUUCGACUUGGCGUCUCUGGUGGGACAAGCGCGAAAGAAUUACUUCAUGUUACACCGAGACUUCUUAAUACGCGAACGAGCACGAUUGCCGAGAGCCGGGCUCAAUUCGAUGGAGUUGUUGUCACGUUCCUCUCACCUCGCGGAUCUCUCUCCGCCGACACCGGAAUGUUCCACGUUCUUCAAGGCCGCUGGAGAGAUCAAUCCGGAAAAGUCAGGUGCAUGCACCGUGGACAAUCCAUCAGUACUCGUCGGAAAGCAUUGUGCGACCUCUACCUGUAAUAGAGAGGAUAUUCGUUUUUGCUGCGGAACUCCUGCACGAGCAGCGGAAGUCAUGGACAGUAACACAUGCGGUGUGGUCUUCAAAGGCUUUGAGGCGGUCAAGGAGGCGAUAGCAGAAUUUACUGAUGAAAGUGUAGCACGAGAAGGUGACGGCAAGCGGAGUUGUCCAGCGGACAAGCCGGCGGUAUUGGCAGGCCGUCGCUGUUUUGUCAAGGGAGAAGGAAGCGCGAUGGAUACACGAGAAUGUCGAAUCGAUGCCACGGACACAGCACGUUGUUGCGGCCUCAGAGCAGAGGCAGAGGCGCAUAAGUUGGCGCCGUGCAGCACUUUUUUUGCGAAAGGGGGUGAGGGUUUUUGUGGCGCCUCGAACCAAAAAACAAGGCUGCUGCCAAAUCGUGUUUGCGAUGGACCGACAUGCUUGCAGGAACGCGACGCCGAGCGCUGUUGCGGUACCUCUGCGGAGUUUGCCGCCACGCGUCAGAAAUGUGGCGAGCAUUUCAAAGAUUACACGUUGUCAGUGUCAACGGCAGGAUCGCGAAACGAUCGUGAAGCCCUUAUCAAUGAAAAACCAAAAGAACAAAUCGAACAAGAUGGAGGAAACACCGCCCAAGACGGGCGCGAGCAGUGUCCGGCAAGCUUGAUGUACGUGCAAUCACGACAGCGCUGCAAGGACACUCUUUGCACAGCGGAGAGUGACGAGAAGACUUGUUGUGCCGCAACGCCUGAGCCGCACCAAGCUUGCGAGAAGUUCUUCCAGCUUUACCAAGAUUUUGCGAAGUACAUUAACGAAGAUCCGUCGAAGGAGAUCGGGUUUCAAGGAUCGACCACGACUCGUGGGCAUUGUACAUUGGCGAAGCCGUUUAUAAUUCAUGGACGUGAAUGCGCUGGAGAGUCGUGCGAGCAGAACGCUGACGUUGACACCUGUUGCGGUUCGGCUGCUGAGGCUUCCAUGAUUUCGACGGAGAAAUGUGAGGCGGCCUUUUCGCGGUACGCCCACGUGGAGAACGGCGAAGACGGCAAUUCCGAGCUCCAGCUGCAAGAUACCCAAAAGUUCACGUGCACGAAAGAGAAGCCUGAGGUUCUCGGAUGGCGGCAUUGUUACAAUUCGAUGUGUGCGCACGACGACGAGCCAACAUGUUGCGGCACAAAAGCGCAGAGUGAAGCACCACUCGAAAAAUGUGAACACUUUUUUCGGCCGCGGUUCGAAGACAAAGUGGAGAAUGGGUCUCUUACACCCUGUCCGACCGACGGUAGCCCUGCCCCUAUUCCCGGCCGCGACUGCGCUGCGCCGGAAUGUGACGCCACUGAGGACGCGGAAACGUGCUGCGGAACGCCGGCAGAGGCUGCUGCGGCAGUUAGUGCACCGAAGGCGAAGUGUAGUGAGUUCUUUCAGUCUCGAGAUCAGACCGCUGGAUCCGCAAGCGAAACCAAGGACGCAGAUGAUACCGCGAAACAAAGUUUUGCUUGCCCUGCAGAGAAGCCGACGUUGCUCACCGGGCGCCAUUGUAGUGGGAGCGAAUGUGACGAAAAGAAAGACGCGACGAGCUGUUGUGGGACAGAGGAAGAGUCCGCCCUACUGAAGAACGCAGGUGGUGGUCAGGAAUGUAGUGAAGCUUUUACAGACUACGAAGAUAAAGAGGUCGCUAGUGAGACGAACGUUGCUCAUGCUGCUGCGUCCGAUACUGAGCACGAAACCAGCUCGGCUCCGGAUAAAAAAUCACUGAACCAAUGCCCCGCCGAAGAUCCGAUCGUAAAAGUGGGCGAGCGCUGCGCAAAUGCGCAUUGUGAUCCCACACAAGAUAGGGGUGUUUGCUGUGGAAGAGCCGGCCCCAAGCCAAGUGAGCUGGAGAGCGCUGGGGAGCAGAACGUCGCGGCACCAAAAGAUAACACGCCUCUUGUCUGGAGUGAUGGCACUCGCUGGCUACAAGGCCUGCGCAUUGAGUUUUCCACUGACUUUGCGAAGAAGUCUCGUGAGCAUUACAGCGGUGCCUCGACGCAUACCGAUACUUCUGCGGCAGCUGAGGCACAGGCGAACAAGCAGAUUACGCCGCCGAAUGCAGUUCCUGCGACUACGAAAAAUAUAUUCGACACGACCCCAGGACCCACAGCGCAGCUGGAGAUUGCAAAAGCAACACUUACGCGACAAACACCGGCGUCCGGAAGGAGCUCAUUCACAACCGAGGAUGACGCAGCUGCACCCACAGGUAUUAAGGCCACUGCACCCGACAGUCGGACUCCGACUCCUAAAUACUACGCUGAGGGAACGCAUAAAGCACCCUGGAUUGUGGGCGGUCUCGACAUCACUGGCCUGCGAGCGCGUUUGGGUCGCUUUUUUCCAGACACGGGUGAGUACGAGAUUUAUCUCGAGGAUCCAGUUCCAAUCCCGCGCAAGUAUCUCCGAAAAUCGGCCUUGCAGGCAGGAUCCGCUGUCCGUGUUCUCGAGAAGACAUGUUCAAGCUCGGGUCGAAAUUCUCUUACAAGCCCGGGGUUGACAGCUUCACUCGGCCUUUUUCACGCGGGCGGCUUUCCCCGCGUGGGUCUCGUGAAAACGCAUGAUGUCACAGCCUCAGCGGCCGAUCCGGAGAGGCACGCAGGCGAAGUUGAUGGUUACUUCGACGUGACGACUAGUGCCGGCCCGAAACGCGUUCCGGCGCAAAUGGUUGUGGAGUCCGAAGCAGACUGCGCGUGUCCAACCCCGGAUCUAGUCAGUGAGAGCAACACUAUUGUUUCCCGCGUCUGCGUCGCUCCAGUGACGAUAUCUGAAGAAGAGAAAGCACGACAAUUCAAUAGGGAGAAGCUCGCUUUCCUCAAGACUGAGGCAGAGCGUUAUUCUAAGUGCAAUUUCGACAGCCUAGCAGUCCGCCAGCAGCUAGCGAAGCGAUUGCAGGGUACUUUGGCCGAGGGGCUGGGGGAGGAGCUUUCUCUGGCUCCUGAUGAUAAAUCCGUCGAAAUUCUUUUUCACGGUUACGACGCCGCGUGGUGGUCCCGCC